GAAGCCAUCAAUACAUUCCAAUUGUAUUCUUGACCAAAAUCUAUUGAUGCUUUCGUGAUAGGCAGGACGCAGUACCGCUGAUCCUUACAAUUCAUCCCCUUCGAUUUAGUCGACCCGUAUCCCCCCACCUCGAGUCGUCGGUCUCCUGAGUUGUACACUCUCCUCUUUUGAAAAGAGAACGCUUACGGACCAAACGACACCCUCCCUGAGACGAUAUACUCUCCGUACUGGUAACGACUUAACUGUCCUCGUCCGGAACGGACAUCAUCCAGCCAGAACGUCUAGCACGGUUUCGCAGAAAGUCGAUCGGCCGACUUUAUCGAAAUGGCUCCCUCCGACGAUAUCCGGGUCGGCGACCAGGUAAACGUCCCCGGUGGCAUGUACGGUACAGUUCGAUUCUUGGGAUCCGUGGAUGGGAAGCCUGGUCGUUUCGCUGGAAUUGAGCUGGCCCCCGAACAUGCUGCCAGGGGAAAGAACAAUGGAGAAGUCGAUGGACGAAGCUAUUUCAACACCUCCAUUCCUGGUGCUGGCAUCUUUGUUCCCAUUAACAACUCCAAAUAUGUUACCAGGAGAAAUGUUGUGACGCCGCCAACUCCUUCUCGUCCGUCUGCAGCGACUAAUUUCAGUAAAUCCGUCGGUCCAGCCUCAGUCGUUCGUCCUAGAGUACGUCGUCCAUCUCUGCCUCGACCUGAGUCGCCUCGAAGCGCACCAUCCACGAAACUCAAUUUUGGUGCCAUGCGUAGUCCAUCUGCUACCGUCGCCAAACCGUUGUCCGCUAGUUCUCUAGGCCCCAACGGUUCCAACGGAUUUCCACGCAGUCCUCAAAAACCUUCAUCAAGAUUGUCAAAUCGGCCUUCGUCCAGACUCAGCGCGGAUGACGACGACAUUCCUACCUUGGCACGUUCUACAAUUGGGAGACCAAGUAGCGGUGGUCGUGGUUCUGGAAGCCAGGAAAUACAAGCAUUGCAAGAGAAGAUCAAGUCACUAGAGCAGGAGCUUCAAGCUCGUGAUAGACAACUCGACGACCAAGCCUCUGUUCUAGCGGAGUUACAGCAAAGCAUUACAGAAUUGGAAGGACAAGACGGGGCCUCAAUGCGGGCCCAACUACGAGAAAAGAACGAGAAGAUUGCACAACUCACAGCAGAAUUUGACAGUCAUCGCGCUGAUUUCCGAAGCACAUUAGACACACUCGAAGUAGCAGCCACGGAGACAGAAAGGGUCUACGAAAAAAGGCUAGAUGAACUCAUGCAGCAAAAUCGCGAAUUACAAGAUCGUGGUGAGGAUGUGGAAGCGGUUGCCAUGCAGUUGAAGCAAUUGGAGGAGCUGGUUUCGGAAUUAGAGGAAGGUCUGGAAGAUGCACGACGCGGUGAAGCAGAAGCUCGUGGCGAGGUUGAGUUCCUACGUGGAGAGGUUGAACGAGCACAAUUGGAACUGAAACAAGAACGAGAAAAGUCUGCUGCUGCAUUGAAGGAUGCUGAAGGUCGAUGGAAUAGUCGAGAGUUGGAACAGAAAGACGACGAAAUCCGAGGUCUGAAAGCCAUCAUUCAUUCACUCAGCAGAGGCGAUGUGAAUCCGGCUAUGCUCAAUACAAAUGGGACGUCCCAUGGCGAAUCGGGUUCUCAUGAUACUGAACGAAUCUCUCAAUUGGAAGAGCGAAUCAAAGAACUUGAAGGUGUUGCGGAGUUUCGCUCGAGUCGAAUAGACGAACUACAGAGGGAACUUGGACAGAGUCGAAGCCCUCUUGGACGCGACUCUCCAGGCCGGAACUCCCCUGCACGAAACUCUAUAGGGUGGAAUUCUCUAGGACGAAACUCGAUGAAUGGCUCAAGAAGCCGAAGCGGAACAGUGACUAUUGCUCCACUGAGACAGAUGAAAGCAUCCCAUUCCUCAAGGGGCAGCCGUAGCAGCAAUCCCGUCAGUCACGGCCAUACUUUGUCAGACAAAACCGUGGUGCCUCAAGAUUGGCAAGAAACAGCGGGAAUUAAUGAACAGGGGCCUAUGCCUGUUAACGCAUACCGAGAUUUCUCGCAUCGUCGAGAUGACAACGACGACUUACGUGAUUCUGAUAAUCAGUCUUCUGAAAGUGGCUCUCUGUGGUGUGAAAUCUGCGAGACCAACGGUCACGAUAUCCUUACCUGUACGACCUUUGGAACAAACAUAAACGGCACCGAUUCCAUGCACCUGCAGCAUGAGCACAAUGACCAUGAACUCGAAAGACCACGUCACGAUGUUGCGGAGAUUCCACCAAAGACAGAGUCUCCAGUCAUGGCUCAUCAGCCCGAGAUAAAGCAGGAACAUGCCGAGGCUACCUCUCCAACAGUGAAGAAUGGUCGUGAUGUGGUUGCUGAAGGCUUGAAAGGCAUCGGAGGCAUGUCAUCUUCCAUGGGACCCGUGGCGGGCAAAGCUUCGGGAGUUAUCGACGAAAGCAAAUGGUGUGCAUUAUGCGAGCGAGAUGGUCAUGAAAGCAUUGACUGUCCGUUUGAGGAUUAA